AUGCCAUUGGCUCAGCUACUACAGAACCAAUUGAGUUCACAAUUUGUUUUAAACCUACUGAUGAACAUUGUUCAACAGGGUCCUGUUCCCAAACAUAUUGCCAUUAUUGCAGAUGGGAACAGACGAUGGGCCAAAUCUAGUGAGCUUAAUAUCUUGGAUCUUUUCUUUGAUAUCGGCAUCGAAUGCGUUACUGCAUAUUUAUUCAGCAUCGAGAACUUCAAGCGGCCAAAAGAGCAGGUGGAUGAUUUAAUGGACAUAUUUGAGACUUGGAUUCAAAAGUAUUUAUCUCCUUCUCCCAAUAAACGCAAGAUCCGGUUUCGGGUACUCGGUCGCUUGGAACUGCUCCCCGAAAAAAUCAGAAAACUUAUUGAAAAAUUGGUCGAGAAGACCGCGGAUUAUGACGAGGGAACGUUCAACGUUUGUUUCUCCUAUACUUCUCGCGAUGAAAUGGCAAGAGCGAUAGAAAUGACGGUGCGAAACUAUAACGAGUCGCCAAAAAAUGGGGGGAAGGGAAAGAUCACAGCCGAGACAAUUGAUAACAACAUGGAUAUCUGCAAUGAUCCCCCUUUGGAUGUUCUAAUCCGGACGUCUGGCGUCUGCCGGCUAAGUGACUUUCUGCUCUGGCAGUGCCAUAGAGAUACUGUUAUUGAAGUUCUCGACAUACAUUGGCCAGGGUUUAGGUACUGGCAUCUGUUUCUGGCAGUGCUUGGAUGGCAGAGGAAGAAAAUGGCGACAGUGAAGUUGUAUGCAGGAGCAACAGGGGAGCCGAGAGAUUCGUGGGACUCGACAUCAAACAGUCACCUCAAGUGGCUCACGUCCAUCAUCCUUCUUCUUGUCCCAGCAGUAUGGGGGUAUCAUAUGGCAUUCUAUCCAAAGUAG